AUGUCAAAAGACAAAUUAGAUGACUGGCUGAAAGAAUUAAGAGAAAGCUUCCAUGACAAGUUUGGUUCCGACAAGGAGAUUCAGGUUUGGGCAGAUUCCGUUGUUCAAUCUAUUUGGCGACCUGUUGCUAUCGGACUAGCUGUUGGUAUACCAGCAAUGUAUAUUAUCUCCAAGUAUAUUGUUGGUAAAAGAUUUAAGACUGCUGCGCAUAUCCCUCCCGAAGUGUUUGAGAAAUCCCAAAGAAUUCAUGGUAAAGUCGUGGCGGUAGGCGACAGUGAUAACUUUAGAUUGUACCAUACUCCAGGUUUCGGUUGGGGAUGGAUCAGAAAUAUACCCAAGACCAGAAAGGAACUGCAAAAUCAAACUAUAUCAGUUCGUAUAGCUGGUGUCGAUGCACCCGAAGGGGCUCAUUUUGGUAUGCCUUCCCAACCUUAUUCCAAGGAGGCAAAGACAUUUUUAACAAAUUUGGUGCUAAAUAAGAGAGUCGAGGUUGAACUUCUGAGUAGAGAUCAGUAUAGCCGAGUGGUGGGUAUGGCGUAUGUUAGAAAGCCACCAUUUUUCUUUAAAAAGAACGUGUCAGCAGAAAUGCUUAAAUCAGGUUUGGCAAGCAUAUAUGUUGCUAAAGGUGCUCAGUAUUCUGGUCAACUUAAACACUUUGAGAAAUAUGAAGCAAAAGCAAAGUAA